GAUGUUCUCCCCUUGUCUCCUUCCCUCCAAGUUCUCGAACCUACAAAUAUUCGAAUGAAUUUGAACAAAAUCAAACGAACCCACAUCACUGUCUUUAUUUAGUCUCCCACAUGAUUCAUUUCACAGACAAGGAGGCAACAUUUGAAAGCGCGCUCCUCAACUCACACUCACACCAAUUCAAAUCACUUCCAAUUUCUCUCUCUUCCUUCAUUCUUUCCCUAUUUUCACUCUUCACUCACAACCAGAUCCAAUUCGAAACCCUAACCCACUCAAUUUCUUCGCUUUUCCCCUCUUCCACUCUCAAUUCAUCGAUCGAAUGUUGCAAUGGAUGAGGAAUGCUCUUCGGGAUUAGCCUCGCACUCCAAGGUUAUGGGAGAGAAGCGUGGUAGUACCCAUUUGGGAGAGAAUCAUGACCACGCUCGUAAACGGAUCAAAAUGAAAGAUCUUCAAUCCAUUGUUCACUCCGCGGAGACUAAAUCUCGCGCCUCGGAAUUUACGGACGAUAAAGAAAACAGUGGUCAGAGUUCCUUUGGUGACAAAGAGAUGUCACAAAUUACUGAGGUCCCUGUAACUGUGGACAUAAAUGCUUCUGAAGAAGAGAAAACUCUGGAUCUUAAUACUGAAGCUUGCGGUGCCAGAGGUUUGUCUCUGGGUAAAAGUGAUGAGAAUCUUGCUAAAGAGUCGUUGUCUGAGAAGCAACAAGGUGGUAAUUUUGUAAGCACAAGAGGAAUUGAUGUGGAUCUCAAUGCAGAAGAUGAUACUAGCUCUAUAAAUGUGGAACGUGGGGAUUCUCACAAAGGAUAUGGCCGCCGCGUUAAGGCAAAGGAUGUGUCUGAGAGUGGGAGCUGUAUUGGACCUUUAGAAGAAAAAGAUUCAAUGAGAAUAUGGAAGGAGAUGAAGCAAAAUGGGUUUCUUUCAUCCACCUAUGGAGGAAUCCCGAUGCCGAAGCCACGUGGGAGGAAAUGUAAAAAUGAGAUGCUUAAGAAAAAGAUGGAAAUCGCAAAGAGAGAACAGGUGAACAGAUUUACAAAGAUUGCGGCUCCGAGUGGACUGCUGAAUGAUCUAAACCCUGGAAUUAUUAAUCAUGUGAGAAACAGAAAACAGGUCCAUUCAAUUAUUGAAGCUCUUGUAAGGUCUGAAAAGCAUGAAAAUAGCAGCUCAGGGAGCAAGCAAGCAACACAUCGAAUGAAUGGAAGUAUAGGAGUUAGCAAAAGGGACCUCGAGCAUAUGAAUGAUGCGGGUAAACAUCAGCUUUCUUUUCCUCAUGAAGAAGGGACCUUUCAUUACUCUUCAGGGAUUAGACAAGCACAAAAGGGUCCAGUGGCAAUGAAUGAUUCCUCCUGCAUUGUGGAGGACAAUGUUUGUGACCACGACACAAAUUCUAUUGAGAAAGCCAGUCUUAAAAGUUGUGUAUCAAAGACAAGCUAUGUCACAGAAGAUGAUAUUUUAACACUGAAAUUGUCAUCUUCGAUGAAGGCAUCAGGGAGUUCUACCAAAUUUUCAAACGAGGAAUCAUCAAAUGUCAUGAUGGUUUCCCCUCUUUCCCUAAAAGCUGCCACUGUUGCUUCACAAUGGUUGGAGCUUCUACAUCAAGACAUCAAAGGUCGUCUUUCAGCUUUACGUCGCAGUAGGAAGAGAGUUCGAUCUGUAAUCUCAACUGAGUUACCUUUUCUUAUAUCGAAGGAAUUUGCAAAUAGCCAGGAUUAUGAUCCUUAUGCUGCGAACAUGUCUGCUGGAUUUCCCACUUGCAAAACAGCAGAAUUGCAUCGGGCUAGGUGGAGUGCUUUGUUUGAUCAUAUGGAUGAAGCACUUUCAGAAGAAGAAAAACAACUUGAAAGUUGGUUGAAUCAAGUAAAAGAAAAGCAAUUACUAUGUGGUCAGGGUCUGCAACUUGUAAACUGGAGCAAGGUUUAUGGUUUACCAGAGCUGGGAACUUCAGAAAAUGACUCCAGAGUCUCACAAUUAGAUAGCUCGGAGAAAGAGUUAGCGGUUAAUGCAGCUGCAGCUUCCAUAUAUUCAACAUGCAAUUUUCUGUUGUCAGAGUUAACCUGCAUGUGACAGAGUUUGUACGUUUAUCUAAUACAUAGCGUUGCAACCGUAUCUUGAACGAGUGAUGAUAUCCGUCAAGAACCAAAAAGAAAAAGUAAUUGUCAUGGUUAUGUAGAGAAGCUAAAGCCUAGGUUCUCAUGAACUAACACUAGGUAUCAUAAUAAUACUUAUGAUUUUUUCUUCUUCUUUGGUGUAAUACAUGGUAUGGUUGUAACACUAGCUGUUGAAUUAAUUGUUUUCUUUUUUUAA